AUGAACUUCUUUAGCUUUGGACGACCAUCGCAACCAGGCGCAGCCUGGCAUCCGGUUGGCCUCGCGUCUGCACUCCCUGACCUCAGCCUCGACAAUGAAGAUUGUCAGGUCACACAAGCAUGCAAAGCUUUCACCAUCCCCAAGACAGCCGGUCCACAGGAUGCUCCGGUCGAAGCAGACAUUAACCAGCCAGGAGAGGACUUGAAAGACCAGGUUCUUGUGUUCAAAUAUAAAGGGAAAGUUCAUGCCAUUGACCAUCAAUGCCCCCACCAAUCAUUUCCACUUUCAAAGGGCAGUCUUUUUGAUAUUGAAGACUUUGGCAUCACUCUAAGUGCCGGAAUCACGUGCCCCAAACAUGCUUGGUCUUUUGACAUUUUUUCUGGACAGGCAGACCGUGGCAACUACAAGCUUAAGAUCUGGGAGGUGCAGCUGCGUGAUCCGUUGACAUCGACUGCCGACAGCACCGACAAGGAGGUUUGGGUGAGGCGGAAACAGCGAAUCGGCUAA